GUGAGUGGGUGAAUGAAACGCAUGAAUGAGUGAGUGAAGAGAACUCCAAAGUCCCUUAGAGAGAGCCUAGUUCAGCAUUCCCAUUUUACAGAUGGGAAACUGAGACCUAGAAAGGGGUGGUGUGAAGGAGGCCAAGGCCUCCAACAAGGGCGGCAGGGUUGGGUCGAGGGCCCUCUGACAGCUGCUCCCUCGCUCUCUGUUGCAGCCCCGAGCCAUGAUGAAGACCUUGUCCAGCGGCAACUGCACGUUCAGCGUGCCUGCCAAGAACUCCUACCGCAUGGUGGUGCUGGGCGCCUCGCGGGUGGGCAAGAGCUCCAUCGUCUCUCGCUUCCUCAACGGGCGCUUCGAGGACCAGUACACCCCCACCAUCGAGGACUUCCACCGCAAGGUCUACAACAUCCGUGGUGACAUGUACCAGCUCGACAUCCUGGACACCUCCGGCAACCACCCCUUCCCUGCCAUGCGCAGGCUCUCCAUCCUCACAGGCGACGUCUUCAUCCUGGUUUUCAGCCUGGAUAGCCGGGAGUCCUUCGACGAGGUCAAGCGCCUCCAGAAGCAGAUCUUGGAGGUCAAAUCCUGCCUGAAGAACAAGACCAAGGAGGCGGCCGAGCUGCCCAUGGUCAUCUGCGGCAACAAGAACGACCACGGGGAGCUCUGCCGCCAGGUGCCCACCACCGAGGCCGAGCUGCUGGUGUCAGGGGAUGAGAACUGCGCCUAUUUCGAGGUAUCGGCCAAGAAGAACACCAACGUGGACGAGAUGUUCUAUGUGCUCUUCAGCAUGGCCAAGCUGCCGCACGAGAUGAGCCCUGCGCUGCACCGGAAGAUCUCGGUGCAGUACGGCGAGGCCUUCCACCCCAGGCCCUUCUGCAUGCGCCGCAUGAAGGAGGUGGACGCCUACGGCAUGGUCUCGCCCUUCGCCCGCCGCCCCAGCGUCAACAGUGACCUCAAGUACAUCAAGGCCAAGGUCCUGCGGGAGGGCCAGGCCCGCGAGAGGGACAAAUGCACCAUCCAGUAG